AAUAUUUCAAAAUGGUGAUCGAAAAAAUUUGCUGCUUGGGCGCUGGUUACGUUGGCGGGCCUACCUGCAGCGUUAUAGCGUUAAAAUGCCCAAAAAUAACAGUUACCGUUUGUGAUAAAAGUGUGGAGCGCAUAAACCAAUGGAAUUCUGAUAAAUUGCCGAUCUACGAGCCUGGUUUAGACGAAGUCGUGAAGCAAUGUCGCGGUAAAAAUUUGUUCUUUUCUACUGAUAUAGCAAAGAGUAUACAGGAAGCCGAUUUGAUAUUCAUAUCUGUUAAUACGCCAACCAAAACAUUUGGUAAUGGCAAAGGUAGAGCGGCAGAUUUGAAGUAUAUCGAAGGUGCUGCGCGUAUGAUUGCUGAUUUGGCGACCAACAACAAAAUUGUCGUGGAGAAAAGCACGGUUCCCGUCAAAGCGGCUGAAAUUAUCAUGAAAAUACUCCGCGCUAACACAAAACCUGGUGUCAAAUACCAAAUUCUAUCAAACCCUGAGUUUUUGGCGGAAGGAACAGCUAUUGUCGAUUUGGUUGAGGCUGAACGCGUUCUCAUCGGUGGAGAAGACACUCCUGAGGGUAAGAAGGCAGUUCAGGAGCUGUGCUGGGUGUACGAGCAUUGGAUACCAGCGAAAAACAUUAUAACAACCAACACAUGGAGUUCAGAGCUGUCCAAAUUAGCCGCUAAUGCCUUUCUUGCACAGCGAAUCUCCAGCAUCAACUCUUUAUCUGCUGUCUGCGAAGCCACAGGUGCAGAUGUAUCAGAGGUAGCUAAAGCAAUCGGUCGCGAUUCAAGAAUCGGACCAAAGUUCUUGGAAGCGUCAAUAGGAUUUGGAGGUAGCUGCUUCCAGAAAGACAUUUUGAACCUUAUUUAUUUGUGUGAAUGUCUAAAUUUGCCCGAAGUUGCUGCGUACUGGCAGCAAGUAGUGGACUUAAAUGAUUACCAGAAGAAACGGUUUACACGUAAAGUUAUAGAAUCAUUAUUCAAUACGGUCAGCGAUAAAAAUAUUGCUAUAUUAGGGUUUUCUUUCAAAAAGAACACCGGCGAUACUAGAGAGUCUCCAGCUAUCUGCGUGUCCAAAACUCUACUCGAUGAAGGAGCUAAACUCCACAUAUACGAUCCCAAAGUGGAAACCGAGCAGAUUUUCUACGAACUAACAAGUCCCUAUGUCACAUCAGAGCCUGAGAUUGUUCGCAAGAACGUGGAAAUCCAUGAUUCUGCUUACUCCGCUGUAACUGGGGCUCAUGCUAUAGUGUUAUGUACCGAGUGGGAUGAAUUUAAGGAGUUGGAUUUUAAGAAGAUAUUCGAAGUUAUGAUGAAGCCAGCAUAUAUAUUUGAUGGUAGGAAGAUUCUAGACCAUGAGGCACUGUUAAACAUUGGUUUCCACGUACAGACUAUUGGGAAGAGGCUCUGCAGGACGGGCAGCAUCCGAGCGCAGGGCAGUCAGACCCUGCCUUAAGAUAUCCACUUAAUGUAUCUCAACGCAACGGUCACAAAUGGAAAUGUCAAGUAUUAAAAUAUAUAUACGGAAGUGUUCAUGAGCCAAGACUAUAUUCUCAAACACAGUUUGUAUUCUUUGAAUUGCAACAAAAAGUAUUAAUUUCUUUCGCUAAAUAGUAUAAAAGAUAGUUUUUGUCGCUCACCUGUCUUGCCGCCUAUUUCAAUACGAGGCAAUGUUACAUGUAUGUAUAUAAAAUAGUCCUUUUCAUUUUAGCUAACAUUAUUUUCAUAAUUUGAAAGAAAGCAAUAAACACUAUAAUAGUGUGUAUUAGUGGUGGAUCGUUGAUGCAACGAGACCGUUUACCAUCGACGGUAACUAGUUUAAAAAACAAUCUAAUUUUCGGCUGAUUUCG